UUCGGCCAUAUUGCUAUACUCUAUACUAAUGGGAAAGUAGUCUCAAAAGUAUCUUUUUUCGACAUGAGCAAUGACGAAACUAACAUAAUACACUACCCUAAACAUUUUGACAAUCAAGGUUUAUUGAAAAAACUGCAUUGGUCUUGAAAUUAUUUCAAAACAACCGCAAAAAAACAAAUUUUAGUGGGUGUGUAAACGAACUCCUGCGGCUGAGUACCGCUAGGCUCAAGUUUCAGGAUUACAUUUGAGUGUCCGACUAACUUAUCAACUACAAAAUGAGCGGUGCAUCUGGAAGGAGAAGGUCAGCAACACAACAAUUUUCAGCUGAGGACCAAGCAUUAAAUCAGAUAUCGAAAGAAGCUGAAGCACGACUUGCAGCUAGGAGAGCAGCAAGAGCUGAAGCACGCGAAAUAAGAACAAAAGAAAUAGAGAGACAACAAAGAGAGGAAGAAGAACGUCAGAAAGCUGCUCAAGAUGACGAAUCCCGGACACGCGUUGAACACAGAAGAGGAAGUGAAGAAUCUACGUCAACUAUUGAUGACCUUGACCUGUCCCAAAACGCUAAAGAUUUUACAAGGGAACUCAAGUCAAAGUUACGAGAAAUGGAAGAAAAAUUUAAAAAAGCUAUGAUGACAAAUGCUCAACUUGAUAAUGAAAAACAUUCACUGGUGUAUCAAGUAGAACUUCUGAAAGAUCAAAUGGAAGAACAAGAGGAAUCUCUGACAGACUUACAGAGGCAGUAUAAAGAUAAAUCACGGGAAUUAGAAAACCAGAAAAGAAAUUAUUCAGAAUUAAAUACAAAUUUCUCUUGUGUAAAAGAACAGUUAGAACUAAGAGACAAACUAGUAAAGGAAAGUGGAUUUGCUCUUGUAACAAGUGAAGAAGGAGAAUUUUCUAUAGAAAAAUGUGCAACAUUAAAUGGAACAAUUACAUCGACGACGGGAAGUUUAUUAAUAUCUUCUGAAACAGCUGAUAUCCUUGAUAAGAUAGAAGGCUCAUUAGAUGACAAAAUAAAGAAAUUAUCAGAAGAAAUUUCAAAUUUAAAAAAGGAUCUUCAGAGUUCUCAAGACGAAUUACAUGAAGAAAAAUCUAAACGAUAUAAAAGUAAAGAAGUUCCUGAAGUAAAUGGACCAGAAAUGCAAUUAUAUGAAGUACAAAGAGAGGCCAGUAAACAGAUUCAUGAAUAUAAAUUAAAAUUACAGAAAGCUGAACAAGAUAUGACUAAUUUAGAAGGAACUGUAAACAGAUUAGAUUCUCAAGUUAAAAGAUAUAAAACUGAGGCAGAAGAUUAUGAAAAACUGGAGGAUGAAUUAAAAACAGAACGAAGAAAACUGCAAAGAGAGUUGAGAGAAUGUCAAAAUCGUGUAGAGGAAUUAACAAAUUCAAAUAGACAUUUACAAAACAGACUAGAUAGAAAAGUAGCGGCCAGAAGUGCGUUAGUGAACCAAUAACAGCAUCUGUUAUCAUUGCUGUACCUCCAAAAGUCAGCCACAGCCAGUGACGAGGAUGGGUCCAAGUUAUAUUUGGAUCAGUCCAUUGUUUUUAUAGAGAUGCUGAUGCUUUUAAAGCCUUGUAUAUUUAAUUUUUAAAUCUUUUUAAUGAUUCUCCUGUGAUCCAUAAUAUUUUUGUCUCAUUGUGAAUUUUAUAAAUUCAUGUUACAUAUUGGACUUCCAUGUUGUGAAAAAAAUAACAAUUGGUGCAAAAGAGAUAAUAUUGGCAUUCAAAGCCUGGAAUUAUAUGGCCAUGAUUUUUAUAAGUUCAUGAUAUUUCAAAGCUUUCUAUAAUGACUUAAUGUUUCUAGAUUUCAUGAUAGGAAUUAUACACACCAUUUACUUACUGAACUAACUAUUUACUUUGCUUUCCUAGCUAUUUCAUUGUAAUUUCUAUAGAAAGGGUUUCAUUUUAAUUCAUUGGAGGAGUUGCACAUUAUAAAAAAAAGUAUAAGAAAACUAUUAUUUCAUUAUAUCAGUUUACUAAAUGGAAGUUUGCAAUACUGCCUUCACUUGCCACAUAACUUUAUUGAAUGAAAUAAUUCAUUUGGAUGAUAAAUAAAACAAAAUUGAGCAAACGUUUUGAUAGCUUUGAUUAACAAUUCAUUUACAGAAAGGGAAGAAUAAAUCUCAUCUUCUACAAUAUAAAAUAACAUUUGAUUUUCAAUUGACAUAAACAUUAAGUCAAUUAAUGUAUUUUUAAUCUGUUUGGCAAAACAAUUGAGGUAAACCUGUUAAAUGCACAUUUUAUAAAUGGUGUAGAAAAUAUGUUUAGCAUUUGAUGUAGAUUUCUAGAAGACCGUUUUUGAUGUGUUAAUGGCCUUAUUAUUUAGACAUAUCAUAGUGUGUUAAUGCUCAGAUAUUAGUGUGAUAAUGUGGUACUGCUGGACCAAAGAUUGUUAUAACGGCAGAAGAAUUUAGUGUUCAAUCACCAAGCGAAAUUAUUUAUGGGGAGAUAAAUUAACCAUGCUACUUGGAAGCAAAACUACAGUAAUUCUGGGAAAAUAUUUUUUUUUACACUUUAAUAUUUGAACAACUGACAUUGUAAGGCAGAUUUGAAUGAGAUAUUUCAAUGCCACAAGAAGAAUGAAGAAAUUUGAAUUGAAGCAUUAGAUUUUAAUUUUGAUCAGUACUUAUUUAAUAUAAGUAGUUUUUCUCAAAACUGCAUAAUGAUAUUGAUUAGACAAAUGAUUAUAAUGAUUCAAAAAUUUAAUUAGAAAUAAGGAGAAGGAGGACCUAAACAAUUAUUGUAAAAUUAUCAUCUUCUUUUAUUUCUUGCUUUUAGUCCUGUUUCAUUCAAACCUGUGUCUGCCAAUUUUAUGUAAGGAGAUAAUUGUGAUAACCAACAACUCAGAAAAAUUUACAUUUACCGUUUGAAACUGGUUCAAAGAAAUGGAUAACUAAUGAAGAUCCAUUUCAGUAUUUAUUGAUCACUGUCAAUGGCAUUAAACUAUAAGGUGUAUUAUUAUAAGACAUAUAUUCCAUAGAUGUAAAAUUUGUAUUGUUUAUUUAAACAUUAUGUACAGAUGUAAGCAGAUUCUUCAUAUAAUGUUUGCCUCUUGCUGUGUUAUGGAACAAAAUUGUUUUUCUAUUGUUAAUUACAAGACAAUAAUUGGUGCAUUUCAUAUUGUUUUGUUUUGUAUUAUUUAUGAGUUUCAAAAAUGGUAGGUCAGGAAUAAGAGGGUUAUCUUCAUUAUGUUGAAGGAUUACUGUCGGGGAGAGUUUUAUUUUAAAGAUCUAUCAAUGCAAUUGGUUUUUAUCAAAAGAAAUAUUAGAAGCUCAAUUGUAAUUACUUUAUAAAGCUACAAGCUCAUUGUAGGAUUACGAAUUAAUAUAUUUCUAUGAAAAACUUCUGUAAUUUCUAAAUUUCCAGGAAUAAUUGAAUUAUUUCUGAAAAUUGAUAAGUUAAAUAACUUAAACAGUUCCUACAUGAAAACUAUCUCUACAUCUGUCACCAUUGAGGUUACUAAGAUCAACAUCAAAUCAUAGGAUAGAGUUUUUGUUAAACCUAGAUAUAUAAUUAUUACACAUUAAUAUUUGGUGCUAUAAAUAUAUUAAAUGUUGCCCCAUGUCUAUUUGUGAGCUUGACUUCCUUUCCCUAUUUAUAGAAUGAAUGUCAUGUGUGAAAAGACUAGUUUUUCAGUACUUUUGUCUCAUAAUGUUAUUUAGCAUAAUUUUUUCCAAGUUAGAACUUGAUAGGUUUGUACUAAUAGAAGGGAUUAGUUGGUAAAAUGACUGAUAAGUUUAGAAUAUAUGUAGACUGUUAUUUUCUACGAAAGUGGUAUAAUUUAAAAUCUGAAAUGAUUUUGAGAAAUAAGGCAAAGAUGAGAAGAAUGUGUGUGCUUUUUGUUUGUUUGAAGAAUUGAACAUUUGAAGAUUUGUUAAGAUUUCGAGAUAUGAAAAAGAUUUGACCAUAAAACAGAAUAGAAGUCUUGUUUUAUAAACUGUAUUUUACAUAUAAAAUCAGUUUGAUUAAAAGAUGACAACUUUCGACAGCACAGAUGAUUUAACUUUUAAGGAGAAAAUGUUUUGUAAGAGAGUUGUAUCUUGUACUAUGUAUUUAUGUAGGAUUGUUAUGUGUUUGUGUGACUGUGUGAUAUGAUUCUUCCUUACCAUCAAUUAUAAUAUACAACUUUCAUAUACACGCUAUAUGUCAUAUUGAACAGUUGUUGAAAUAUCAAGAUUUUGUUAUCAAUGAUAAAGGUGGUAAAAUACUGGUCCCAAAGCUAUAGUAAAACAUUACUAUGUAUAUUAUAUACUUUGAAGAGACAAUAGAGUGUUGAAGGUAUUCUGAUUAUUAAAAUUCAUGUGACAGACUUGUUGUAUAAGGAGUUGAGAGUACUGCAUGGUUAUCACCUCAUUGUAAUGAUAAGAAAACACAUAUUAAAGCAUUCACAGAUCCAAACAGGUUGUUCACAAUAUUUCGUCUAUUUUCGUUUUUUAAUCAGUUGUCUUGUGAGUUGUCUUUUCUCUUAAACUGUGUAGCUCUUAAAACAUAAAUGACCCAAUUAGAAUGAAAUUGCUUAUUUUAUUGAUUCCUCAUGAUACUAACUGUUUGAUUUGAGUGACUUUUUUUUUUAGCUCUUCAACAAUAUGAAAAGAAUUACUUUUGUGAUUUUAACUGUAUAAACUUAAGCGAUAGUAUUUGCUUGUACUUGCUAUGCUUCGAGUUAGUUCUAUAUUGUAUGCCUAUGCACACCUAUUUGAUAAUUUGGUACUCUAAGUUACAUUGGCACAAAACGUUUUUACAUUCCUAUUCAACUGUGAAAUGAAUUCAAGACAAAACUUGUGAGUUAACAUUUAAUACUUUUCAACAAUUGUUUCGUAACAAAUAUUGAUGAAUAUUUUAAUACUAUGAAAGGUAACAUAAUGGAAAAGUUAAAGUAUUAAAUAAUUAUAAUGAAAAGAUACAAUGUAUUGUCAGAUCAUAGAUCAGCUUCUUAUGGUAACCCUAUAAUGCUGUUAAAUGAUUAAAAUAGGCUUCAUUUUUUCUAUGCCAUGUUAUCAAUUGCUUUCUUGUGGUUAAUCACUACAAUCAUGAUUAUGCUAUGAUUGUAUGCUCAUCUGUUUCCAGUGUUUAAUCAUGUAUAAUCACCUUAAUCAUUAAAGAAAGGAUUGUAUGUUUCUGGAUUGUAUGCCUCCUGAAUUCCAUGUCCAUUGCUUCAAUAGACAAAUGAUUUAUAUGUUAUGAAUGCAGAAGUGCAAUGCAUAAGAUAAAAAUAAAAAUAUUUAUCAAA